AUGACUCUCCUGACAAUGAUUGGUCUAGUGCUUACUCUGCUCGACACCCUGGGGUCUUGCUACUCCAAAUUCGCCCGUCCUCCAGAAUGGGACUCAGAACAAGAUGCCGAUGGAGACAUGUUACUCAACCAACACUACAGCACAGGAGAUAAGAUUCCCAUUCUCUACGAGACGAAUUUGAAAAACACCCAACUCUGGAUUUGGCAAGUUCUGGACGACUUCCAAGCUGGUUCUCAGCUAGACAUAACAGAAAAUUAUUGGAAGGCUCAGUACGAUAUUGCAGAUGCAUUAAGCGGCGAUGAGGACUCUGUUUACUAUUUCAGCUUAUAUGAGCCUGAUGAUGAAGCUCAACUGGCCAAAUCCCAAUAUGUCAAUGUUAGCGCGCCGAAGAGAGACAAAACUGUCACUGCACCAGCAUCUACGUCCAAAACCUUUCCAUUCUCGACGCAGGCAUCUACACUGCAAACAUCGACAACUUCAUCUAGUGACAGCAAUACUGCACCAACCGAUUCAACCUCGAGCGAUGAAACCGAUUCGUCGUCAGAAACAAAGUCAGGCGCUGGACUCUCUUCGGCAGCGACCGGAGGUGUGGCUGCUGGUGCCGCUAUCGGUGGACUUUUGAUCUUUGGAGGCAUUGGAUGGUUGGCUUGGAAAAGGUUUGCGAGGGAGAAUAAAGAUAGGCCAGUUUCUGAACUUCCUGCUGAUAUUCCUCAACAACAACAGCAUGAAUCUUCUCAGGCCAAAGCUGAGCUAACAGGAGACCCCGGCACAUAUCCUACUGGCUAUGCAAGAAGCCCCCCGGGGAUCCACGAAGCACCGUAA